UAGGAUACACUCGGAGAAUACGGGUGGUGUUGUGACAGCGUACGUUUCUUAUCAGCGGCGCUUGCUUCGCGACUGUUUGUGGUAAUCGCAAAUAUGUCGAUAUUUACGCCAACGAAUCAAAUUCGGCUGACCAACGUAGCGGUGGUGAGGAUGAAGAAAGGCGGGAAGCGAUUUGAAAUCGCCUGUUACAAGAACAAAGUUAUGAGCUGGAGAUCAGGAGCAGAGAAGGACCUGGACGAGGUUUUGCAGACGCACUCUGUUUUCGUCAACGUUUCCAAAGGCCAGGUGGCGAAGAAGGAUGACUUGACCAAAGCUUUUGGGACUGACGACCUUACAGAAAUCUGUAAACAGAUCUUGGCCAAAGGAGAGCUCCAGGUGUCAGACAAAGAGAGGCAGACUCAGUUGGAGACCAUGUUCCGGGAUAUAGCUACUAUUGUGGCAGAGAAGUGCGUCAACCCUGAAACCAAGAGGCCAUACACAGUCAGUCUGAUUGAGCGGGCCAUGAAGGACAUCCACUACUCUGUCAAGCCCAACAAGAGCACAAAGCAGCAGGCCCUGGAAGUGAUUCGGCAGCUGAAGGAGAGCAUGGAGAUCCAGAGAGCCCACAUGAGGCUGCGGUUGGUGCUGCCGGCCAAAGAGGCCAAGAGGCUGAAGGAGAAGCUGAAACCACUCCUGCAGGUCGUGGAGAGUGAGGAUUUUGAUGAGGAGCUGGAAAUGGUUUGUCUGGUGGAUCCCGGCUGCUUCAGGGAGAUCGAUGAGCUGAUCCGCUGUGAGACUAAAGGCCGAGGCUCUCUGGAGGUUCUCAGUCUCAAGGAUGUGGAGGAGGGAGAUGAGAAGCUAUAGUAACCCUGCCCGUCAGAACUCUGCACCUUAUCCACACUAACACGCUUCAUUAGGGCACACAGACUGCAAACUCAUGAAAAAAAAUCUAUGUUUAUGGUCUGAUUUAUCACAAUUUCAGCCACUUUCAUCCUGUAAGGAUUAAUUUGACUGAAAGAAGUUAUGAUUUGCUGAGUGGAAUAUAUUUUGAAAGCAGGUUUGAGAAUUUAUGCCUGAACUUUAAAGUCGGUGAUUAUUUCUGAUGUUUUCUCUUUUAUUUAUUCACUUUUUUUAAGUCGAUUACUAAUUUAGCAGAACGUCUACACAAAGUCGUGUGCCAUGUAGUCGCGCUCAGUAUCCCAUCCUAUUAUCUGUGGAUAAUUUCUUUAACCUGGUAAAUUCUAUUUUAUUAUAAUAAGUUUGGUCUGUAAUAAACACUAUACAAAAUA